CGCGUCGUGGUCUCGUUGUGUAACAGCCUGCCAUUGCAUAUAAUACACACAGUUGCCUCUUCCUCCACAAAACCACUCACGAUGGUGUCGUAUUGUCGUGAUCAACGUUCCCUGUCGGUUACCACAAUCAAGCCAGCCUCGUUUCCGUUCAGAUUCCCUUCAGUCAGCCGGAACGUCGUAACCAGAAGCAACACGCGAUUCUAACUCGGUUUAUUGUCCAACCGGGAAGACUAUGAGCCUGUCAGUGAGUCUCGAGUAGUGUCUUACCUGUACCUGACUGACAAACGAUUUUUACUUUUCCAACAAUUUUAUUAGUGCAUUAUUCGACUCUCUUGCUUCUUCCUCGUGAAGAUGCGUCGCGUGGAGACGCAAUAGCUGUUGCGUGUUUUCCGGUGCGUCCUCGGAGUGUUUUAACGAAAAUUGGGCAUUAUCGGAACAGUGACAGGUCUUGUUUCUAGAUCAUCUUUCGUUAUUCUAAGUGUACGAGUGUAGUGACUCGUUCGUGGGUGGGACGUUAUUGGUGAGUGGAUCGAUGGAAGCCUGUGGAUCCGUGUAUUAUAGUGAUUCAGCGGGAUGAUCUUCUAUGAUACGGUUAGAAUGACACACACCGUGAAUUAUCCAACCCUGCCACCAAACAUAUCAAGAGAUUUGUGCCUGACUUGGAAGAACAUUUCCUAUAUUGUCGAGAGAAAGACUAAUGGCGGCAGUCUUCGAGCGAUUUUCGGUCUGCAGCACACCGAAUAUAUUCAUCUGCUCAAUGGAGUUAGUGGUAUAAUUACUUCCGGAAUGUUGAUGGCGAUCAUGGGACCAAGUGGCGCUGGGAAAACAUCGUUGCUCGCGACCAUCAGCCGCCGUGUGAAAGGUGCAGCGACAGGUGACGUCCUGUUAAACGGGAAGCCUAUCGAUACUGGGCAGAUGAUAAGGAUAUCUGGAUUCGUUCCACAAACAGACCUGGCAAUCGAAUCGCUGACAGUCCAGGAGCACAUGGAAUUCAUGGCGUGCAUGAAAAUGGACAGGAGGCAGGGGGCCAACGUCAGACGGCAACGCAUAAUGGCCCUUCUAGGGGAAUUCGGUCUAGUGAAAUGCGCCAACACAAAGCUGUCCAGCCUGUCUGGUGGAGAAAGGAAACGUGUCGCCUUGGCUGUCCAAUUACUUACUGAACCGAACAUCCUGUUUUGCGACGAACCAACCACGGGGUUGGACAGCUAUGGCGCGAUGACCGUGGUGAGGACGCUGAGGGAAGUUGCUGCCAGUGGAAGAAUAGUCAUUUGCUCCUUGCAUCAACCCGCUUCCGGUCUGCUGGAGAUCUUCCACGAAGUCCUAUUGCUCUCCAUAGGCAGAGUCGCCUUCCAGGGUUCGACCAAUGACGCCACGGAAUUCUUCGAUAGCCUGAACCUACGUUGUCCACCCACCUUCAACAGUGCGGAAUUCUACGUCUCUCAGCUCUCCAUAGUUCGUGGCAAUGAAGCAGAGAGCUAUCGAAAGGUGAAUUGGAUCUGCGACCAAUACGAGAAAUCGAAGUACGGCCAGAGGGUGUCCAAUCUGAUCGAAUACUCUUGCGCCACGCUGCUGGACAUUAGCGAGCUGCCCGCGAUAUUCUCAGAGGCCAAUCUGUCCCUGAGAGACUUCAAGAAGGCCCGAUCCUUCAGGCAGAUCCGUUGGCUCACGUGGCGAACCUACCUCGACUACAAGCGAAACUACUCGUCCCAUCUCUUGCGAUUCGUCACGUACAUGUUCGUAGGGCUGCUGAUAGCAUCACCAUAUGUGAACAUCACUGGCCAACCGAUGAACCAGGACACUAUACAGAACAUGCAGGGUCUUUUGUACCUGGUGGUCGUCGAGACAGCUUUCACGUUCAAUUAUGGUGUUUUCUACACGUUCCCACGAGAACUGCCACUCUUUCUACGGGACAUUGCCAGUGGACUCUAUGGCCCGUUGCCAUAUUACAUCAGUAAGGUUAUCGUCAUGAUACCCGGGGCGAUAAUACAGCCAUUGCUGUACUCGGCUUUCAUAUUCGCAAUCACGGGUCUGAAGGGUGGACUUUUAGGAUUCGUUUACUUCACACUGCCAGUAGUUGCCUGCGCCAUUUCUGCGUCCGCUCUUGGUUGUUUUCUGUCAGCAUCCUUCCAGUCACUGGACACAGCUUCUUUAUUCUCGGUGCCAUUAGACUUCCUUGGUCUGAUGUUCUGCGGAAUUUAUCUACACCUCGGGCACCUGGCGCCAGGUAUAGCGUGGCUGAAAUAUCUGUCGCAAUUCUAUUAUGGCCUCGAAGCGGUUUCCUUGACGCAAUGGCUUCUAAUCGAUCGCAUAAAAUGCUCUCCGGACCCAGAAGAGCCGUGCAUUUCCACUGGGCUAGGAGUUUUGGAGAAAUAUGGCUACUUGUCGAAUCACUACGCCACGGACAUAAUAGGUCUUCUGCUGAUUUUCGCGGCGAGCCAUCUGGCGGGGUUUCUGGUAAUCAGGUACAGGAGUCGCAAGGAGUCGGUCUACUGAAUUAUCUCAUCCGAGCUUAAC